AAUUGGGGGCGGCGGGGCGGGGAGGGGCAGGGCCGUGCCGUGAGGGAGGGCCGGGCGGCCAGGGGGUGAUGCCCGCGUUUAUUUUUACCCCCGCCGCUCCCCGCUCCCCGCCCCGGCUGCGGCGGCGCCGCCUAUAAAGCGGCGGGGCGGCGAGGAUGCAGCUGUAUAGCUCGGUCAUCACCCACUACCCGCCGGGAGCCGCUCCCCCGGCCACCGCCGCGGCCGUCUUCAAGGUCUCGCUGCCGCCGGGACCCCCCUCCGCUGAGGCGCCGAAGAGCGGAGCCGCGGGGCCCGGCCCGGCAGCGGAGAGCCCGGCUAAGGACGGCUCCGUGCCCGGCGGGGGCACCACCGCCACCACGAGCAGCGCCAUGCCCGCCUUCUCCUCCUGCCUGCAGGUGAUGCCGGCGGCCAGCCCCGCCGGCCCGCACUACAGCUCCUGCGCCCACAUCGCCGUGGCCGCCCGCCGCCGCCGCCCGCUGGAGCGGAUCGUGCCGGUGCGCAUCGUGCAGCGAGACGAGGCCCGCGGGGAGACGCUGCCGGCCCCGCCGCACGGCCGCGCCUGGCUGGAGGGCGUCCUGGAGGGCACCCUGGUGCGGCAGCCCGGGGGGGACGCCGAGGCCCCGGCCCCCGCCGCCGCCAUCCCGCGGCCCGCCGAGGAGCCCAGCAACCGCAGCCUGCGCCUCAGCGAGCACCGCCAGGCGCUGCAGGCCGCCGCCGGCAGGCCCCGCGGUGAGGGGCGGCCUGCUGGCCGUGAGGGAGAGGAGGAGGACGAGGAGGAGGAGGAAGAAGGCGGCCGUGCUGGCGGUGUGCCCCCCCGGGGGUUGUGCGGGCGAGCGGAGCGCAGCGAGAAGCUGGCGCUGUACCUGGCCGAGGUGGAGAAGCAGGACGGGUACCUGCGGCAGAAGGGCCGGUUCCGCUUCCACAUCAUCCCCGACGGGAACUGCCUGUACCGAGCCGUCUGCAAGGCGCUGUACGGCGACCAGCGGCUGCACGGCGAGCUCCGCGAGCAGACGGUGCACUACAUCGCCGACCACCUGGACCACUUCAGCCCGAUCAUCGAGGGCGACGUGGGAGAGUUCCUCAUCGCCGCCGCGCAGGACGGCGCUUGGGCCGGCUACCCGGAGCUGCUGGCCAUGGGGCAGAUGCUCAACGUGAACAUCCACCUGACGACGGGCGGCCGGCCCGAGAGCCCCACCGUGUCCACCAUGGUCCACUACCUGGGGCCCGAGGACCCGACGCGGCCCAGCAUCUGGCUGAGCUGGCUCAGCAACGGGCACUACGAUGCCGUGCUGGACCGCCUGUGCCCCAACCCGGAGUACGAGGCGUGGUGCAGACAGACUCAGGUGCAGCGCAGGCGAGACGAGGAGCUGGCCAAGUCCAUGGCAGUGUCCCUGUCCAAGAUGUACAUCGAGCAGAAUGCCUGCUCAUGAGACCGCCUGGCCUGCGGGCUGACAGACUGACGGAAGGUGCGCUGGCUGUGAUGGUGAUGCCUUAAUCCUUAACGAAGCAGCAACACCCCAGACUGAGAAGAGCCACAGGUUGUGGGGGAUAAAUCCAAACGUAUUUGUAAUAUUCUGUUGUAAAAAAACCCUUAGCCUCGGAUUAUUUGCCAGCAGAUUCUCUGUGUAUGUUUGUGUUUCCCCUCCUCGCUGUUUCUCUAUUUUCUAUAAGAAUGUAUUUUUGCACAAUAUUUUUAAACUGUUACCUCCAUCUUCUACAUCUUGUGUUAGUAGUAUCUGGCUUUGAGCUGUACAGCCAAAAACAUUUGUAAACAGUUUUUGUAGAUAAGGCUUAUGAUGUAACAGCUAUUUUUUGCUGUGUUUUUUUUACCCAUAAACCUUAUAUUUCUACCAAAUGAAGUUGGUGUCAAACGACCCUCCCUAACUGAUGAAAGCAUCGUGGGUGUUUCUUGCAAAACAAUAGUUUCUCUAGAAGUGCAGCAAAGUCUGAAAAGAUUACUUCUCAAAACAGUUGCUUUCUCUGCCUCCAGCGCAGAACAGGUCCUUUGAGCCGGUUGGAAUGCAGCUCACAUGAACAGUACAGGGAGCAAUUGACUCUUCUGUAUUUAAUUACUGUUUUGAGUAAACUGUCCUCUUGUUGCCUGGUUGGCUUACCCUCUGCUCCAUUUAUGUUAUUUAUCUGUAAUAACAGAACAUUAACUUGCAAUAGAAUGUUGUGACUAGAUAAUAGCCUCCCGCUUUGGCAAUAAUUGCCUUGGCUGCACCUCAGUGUUUGUGUCUGGUUUCUGGGGUUAUGGUGUCUUUUGUACAAGCUCUGCUUCUUUUUUGGCACUUGUAUUGCACCAACAAAUCAUUAUCUGAUCACAACAUUUUAUUCAUUUAACGUUAUUUUCUAAUCAAGAAAUCAGGAAUGGUGUUCUGUAUUAAAAAGUAUUUAAAUUGAGAUUUGUAUGGUUUGCUGGGUCAAACGUUCAAAUGUUUCCAAUCUGAAUUCUGUUUCUUCUACUUUCUGAUUAACUUGUUAGAUAUAUUUAUUAAGUAAUGCAGUUUGUACUUUUUUAUUUUGUAAUAUAUUGUGAUUUUGGAAUUUAUACUGUAUUUGUAUAAUAGGAGUAUUCUCAGCUAAAAUGGAAUGAAUAAAGAAUAUAAUUGUGCUCUUUAUUGCACCCUUUGCAUUCCUGGUGUGGUGAAAAUCUGCAAGUUGACUCCCAAGAACUUUUAUGUAGUUUCUCUGUCCUAGUUUCCCCAGUUAAUAGGCAGGAAGCAGGGACAUGAUACUUGACAAAUGUGAACAACCAAUAAUUCUGGUGUCUGUGAAUGUGUGAAAGAAAUGCAAACAUUCAAUGAUGGAAUUAUUUUGUGAUUGUAAGAGAUCUUAGCAUUUAUCUUUGCCAAUGAGAAAAAUUUUUGUACAUUAUAUCUUAGAAGAGGGGUUCCCAAAUGCGGUACCUGCAGUAGCAGUAACAUUGGUUAUGAUGAGCCAGCUCCCUGCUGGGCCCCUGCAGACUUGCACUUGGACCUCUGUGGUUGAGGAACCUCUGUUCCGCAGCUAUUCCCAGACAUUUUAGAUUAGCCCUGUCACUAUAGAUACCUCUGUAAUGCUUUUCUUGUUACUAGGAUGGAGGUAAUAUCAUAAGGAAAUACAUCUUUUUCCUUCCCUUAUGAGAGUGAAAUGCCUUGCGAGUUGCUAAACAGGGCCGUGGGUAUUUACAGCUAUCUUCACUCAUCUCUAAAAAUACUAGGUCAUCCUUAACAGGAGAGGAGUGGCUUAAAAUUAGGAUUAAAGAUGAACUAAGCAGCUGAAAUGCUGCAGUCUUAAUUGAGCACACGUGUUAUGAUAAUGAGCUGCAGGGCUGAUCAUGUGUAUAUUUGGUACUCUUUUAUACAUUGCAA